UCGUGUAACGUAGGUCCAGGUAAAUCUAGUGAGAGAGUGGUUCGAUGGGUUUCAGAGGUUAGGAUUGUGUUUGAAAAGUCGCGAUUAUGUUAGAGCCUAUUUUAGUAGAAGACAGCACACCUACGAAAUUAGUACCUUCGUUGGAAGGAAUACUGAAAGAUUUAAAGGAGGAUGCUACGCACCAUGAUUAUUUCGUUGCUUUGCUAAUUGUUUUUUUGGCAGAGUCUGGUUUUUAUAUUUCUUCAUCAAACAAAAACUAUCCACAAUGUCGACCACUAAGGUCUCUUCAUAUACCGGAACAUUGGAAAUCAGAAGAGACAGGGAUCUAUGAUAUACGCUUUCAAUUAGCAGCUUGCCCUGACAUGAGUUGCAAGUUGAUAGCAAUUCCAUGCGGGGACAAAUUAAUUCUUAACUUAUUUCCUCUUUUGGACAAGAAAAAGACUUAUUCUAUGUGUGUACAAACCCUAAUGUAUAUUAAACCUUUCUUAAGUAACCUUUCUGGACGUUAUAUGAACUUAAAAGCAAUAUCUCACAGGUUUAAGGAUAACUUAGUCACACCAGUACGUACAGACUUAUUAAUCGAAUCAGAACUUAUGGGUCCUAGUCUUCAAUGUCUUCCAACUGAAUUGAUACUAAAAAUUUUAAGUAUGUUAUCCGUGAAGGAUGUAACACGUAUGGCACAGUGUUGUUCCAAAUUUUACGGCUUUUUCACAAAAAGCUUACCAAAUGAGCUUACAAGAACUAAAUAAAAAGAAUAAGACUAUUAAUCAGUAACAGUAUAAGAAACGU